AUGUAAUAAAAGCAAAAUUAAGCCAAAAUAAGGAAUGCCUUGCAAUAGUAGUUGUUUCCGAAGAUGUAGAAGAAAAUAGAACAACCCAAAACACAGCCCAAAAGGUAUAAUAUGAUUUCCAUGAUUUAAAUUAAGAGCCAUUAGAAUAGAAGACGAAAAUAAACUAUCAAUAGCAUUACCACAUAUUGA